CCCCUCCCCGGCCCGGUGACAUCAGCCGGAGCCCGGCCUCUUUCCUCCAGGAGGCUCGGUGAUCAUCCAGCGGCAGCAGCUCCGGAGCUCCACGGCAAACCGCGCUCUCUUCAUGGGACUAAACAACAGCUAUUCUCCGCAAGAGAUGAUGGGAGGCUGUUGACGGUUUUUCCUCGAGCUACAGGAGAAACUUCAGAGUCGCCCGAUCUCCGGCCGGCGCCUCAGUGACGGAUCCAACAUGGCCGCCCACAGAAUCCGAGCCACGGCCACCAACAACACCUCGCUCCCCCGCUGCCGGUCCGAGGGGACGCUUAUCGACCUCAGCGACGGCGUGUCAGAGGCCACUCUGAACGAUGUCAAAGUGCCUUCUCCCAGUGCCUUACGCCUGGAUUCCACUGCCUCCUUCGGCGCAGCGCGGGAGGUCGUCGCCAUUAAGGACUACUGCCCCUCCAGCUUCACCACCCUCAAGUUCUCCAAAGGGGACCGCCUGUACGUCCUGGACUCGUCAGGAGGCGAGUGGUGGUACGCCCACAACAACACGGAGAUGGGUUACAUCCCGGCGGCUUACGUGGAGCCCAUCAACUUUAGAGACUCGUCCUUCAGCGACAGCGGGAUGAUUGACACCGUGGGGGACGGUAUCGAGGAGGCAGCCAAAGAAAUGGACCUCUUAGGGGAGUGGUCCGGGGUGAUUCUGAAACCGACCACCUUCCAAAACGGGAAUCCUUUCGCUACAACCCACACCUCGACGAACCCGUUCCUGAGCGGGGGUCCUCAGAGCUCCCUUGAUCAGAACAGCAAUGAGAAAUCGGUGGACCUCCUUCUGUUUGAUACGCUCACUCCAUCAGUGCCCAACUCCACCAGCAGCGCCACAACCAAUGGUUUCAGUAGCGUUUUUAACCCCAUUAGUCCCAGUGUAGGACCGGGGCAAACGCUGCGCAGGGACAACCCGUUUUUUAGAAGCAAAAGAUCCUACAGUCUGUCGGAGCUGUCAAUCCUUCAGGCUCAGUCCGACGCCCCUCAGGGCUCCUCUGGGUUCUUCGGAGGCUUAAAAGCACCGGCACCAGAGCAGUUUCAGAGCAGGGAGGACUUCCGGACAGCGUGGCUAACCCACCGCAAGCUAGCCAGGUCCUGCCAUGACUUGGACUCGCUUGGACAGAACCCUGGAUGGGGUCAGACGCAGCCGGUUGAGACCAACAUCGUCUGCAGGCUGGACAGCUCGGGAGGCGCCGUCCAGCUUCCCGACAGCAACAUCAGCAUCCAUUUACCGGAGGGCCACGUGGCACCAGGGGACACCCAGCAGAUCUCCAUCAAAGCUCUGCUGGACCCCCCGCUGGAGCUGAACAACGACCGCUGCACCACCGUCAGCCCCGUGGUGGAGAUCAAACUCAGCAACAUGGAGACCAAAACCACCGUCACUCUGGAGAUGAAAGUGUCCGUCGUGGUGAAGAUGGAGUGCCGGGAGACGACAGAAGUCCUGUGUGUCAGGAGCGAUUGUAAAGAAGGGCCGUACAGCCAGAUCCCUCAGGCGUACGUGUACGGCGACACGGUCCAGGUGUGUUUGGAUAACCUGGAGCCGUGCAUGUACGUGUGCGUGGUGGCUCAGUCGCGGACCUUACCCCCAGACACCAUGGUCUGGGAGAAUGUGGUUAAAAAGAUCACGUUAGGAGUGUACGGUCCCAAACACAUCCACCCGUCCUUCAAGACCGUCGUGGCUAUGUUUGGUCACGACUGUGCACCAAAGACGUUGUUGGUGAGCGAUGCGGGGAAGCAGGUUCAGUCUGCUCCGUCGGUGGUCUUGCAGUUGUGGGGUAAGCACCAGUUUGUCCUGUCCAAACCCCAGGACCUCAGCGUCGGGGUUUACUCCAACAUGGCCAACUACGAGGUAAAGGCCAACGACAAGGCCAGGGUGGUCCGGGGUUUCCAGGUUAAACUGGGCAAAGUCAGCCGGCUCGUCUACAUGAUCGCCUCGCGCAACAUCGACGAUGUUUCGGACUUCACCUUGAGGAUCCAGGUUAAGGACGACCACGAUUGUAUACUGGCUCAGUUUUGUGUCCAGACGCCAACACCGCCACCCAAAGCAGGCCCAAAGACAUCGGUGCAAAGGCGCUUCCUGAAGAAGAAGGAGGUUGGGAAGAUAGUCUUGUCUCCUCUCGCUGUUGCAUCCAAGUACCCCGUGUUCCAGGACAGGAGAAUAAACAACCUGAAGUUUGGAAAGCUGAUCAAAACGGUCAUCCGGCAAACCAAGAAUCAGUACUUGCUGGAGUACAAAAAAGGAGACUAUGUGGCCCUGUUGAGCGAGGAGAAGAUCAAGCUGAAGGGCCAGCUGUGGACGAAGGAAUGGUACAUUGGAUAUUAUCAGGGCAAAAUGGGAUUUGUACACGCCAAGAACGUGCUGGUGGUCGGCAAGGUGAAGCCCAUUUACUUCAGCGGGCCCGACCUCACCACUGCACUGUUACUGGAGCAGACACUGAAGCCCUGUAAGUUCCUCACGUACAUCUACGCCUCUGUGCGGACUAUACUCAUGGAGAACAUCGGCAACUGGCGGGCGUUCGCGGACGCCCUCGGGUACGUCAACCUGCCUCUGACGCAUUUCUGCCGCGCCGAGCUGGAUAGCGAACCGGAGCGGGUCGCAUCGGUUCUGGAGAAGCUGAAGGAGGACUGCAACAAUUCGGAGAGCAAAGAGCGGAAGUCCUUCCAGAAGGAGCUGCUAACGGCGCUGCUGAAGCUGGACUGCCAGGGCCUGGUUGCUCGGCUGGUGAUGGACUUUGUGCUCCUCACCACGGCAGUGGAGGUUGCUGGGCGGUGGAGGGAACUCGCCGAGAGACUGGUGAAGGUUUCCCGCCAACAGAUGGACGCUUACGAGGCGCCGCACCGAGACAAGAGCGGCGUGGUGGACAGCGAGGCCAUGUGGAAGCCGGCGUACGACUUCCUGGUGACGUGGGCGGCUCAGAUCGGCGACAGCUACCGGGACGUCCUACAGGAGCUGCACCUGGGUCUGGACAAGAUGAAGAACCCCAUCACCAAACGCUGGAAGCACCUGACCGGAUCCCUCAUCCUCGUCAACUGCCUGGAUGCCCUGCGGAGCUCCGCCUUCAGCCCGGCGGCGCAGGACGACUACGCCAUCUGAACACUGUCCUCCGCCACGCCGCCACGCUCACGGUUCAAAUGCUGCAAACCAGCUGAUACUUCUGCUGGAUCACAGCUCCUCGAGCACCAGUCAGUGUUCACAGACUCUUUUAAUAGCCCCGUCUCGCAUAGUUAUGUAUUUUUGUACUCUUAUUAUGGCACAGCGUUUUUUAAAACACUUUGGUUAAGAACUGUGGAUCGAACGCCGAGAAAAUACACUUUUUAGAUAUCCUAGCCUCGUCACACGUGUCAAAUAUCUCCUAUUUAUUUGUACGUACGGAGGCCGACACAGGCUAACACUUUACAACGAUACGUAUACAAACACAAAUCAAAACUCAUGCAGAAACAUCUGCAGCAGCUGCUCAACACAUGCAGCAUUUAGAGAACAUUCAGCAGCCUGCAGCUGCAGAAACCAAACGUGCAGUUGUCCAGCUUUAUGAUCCUGAUAGUCACCCAGCGCUACGGUCCCAGCUGUGUGCAUCUCUCUUUAGUGUCCCCUGGUCUCCAGCUGUGUGCAUCUCUCUUUAGUGUCCCCUGGUCUCCAGCUGUGUGCAUCUCUCUUUAGUGUCUCCUGGUCUCCAGCUGUGUGCAUCUCUCUUUAGUGUCCCCUGGUCUCCAGCUGUGUGCGUCUCUCUUUAGUGUCCCCUGGUCUCCAGCUGUGUGCGUCUCUCUUUAGUGUCCCCUGGUCUCCGUUGUGUUUGUAGCUUAACGCAGCGUUUUGUAUUUGCAGCAUUUGGUUUCUGCAGCUUUUAGUGACGCUGCUCAUGUUUCCUCGAGUUGCUGAAUGUUUUACCUGCAUGGUUUCUGAAGCUGCAGCGUGUUUCUCCUGAGGGAAGAGUUAUGGUCCGCUGUUGUGUGUUUGCCCGUGUUGACCACGCUGUGUACAUCAAAGAGAAAGUCAAUUCUUCAGGUUCCCUCACUGUUGGUCCCGCUCAUUUCACAAAUAUCUGGAUGUCAGUCGGUAUUUUGUUAAGAUUGCUUCAAAGAAAAAACAGAUACAUGUAUUAACAUUGCACACCAGUUCUGAAGUCCACUAGUGCCAAAACAUUCAGUCAGUUUAUGGAGUUAACAUUUUAUUGGAACAUGGUCACCUUGUCUUUUAUAUUCUUGUUAAUUACACUUUUGCUUAAACAAAACAAGUGAUUCAAAUAGUUUUUCUAACUCAAAUUGAUUGAAUAUGAAUCUGGUUUCAGCUGCUUAAAUGUGAGGAUUUGCUGGUUUUAUUUCCUUUUAGUUCUCAUUGAUUUAAUGUUAAACUGUAGGUCAGAAUCUUUAUGGAUUUUGUUCAUAUUUUUCUGAAUCCUCGACACGUCAUCAUGUCCUCGUGUCUUUCUGGAGUAUCUUUGAGUUAUCAGAAGGUUUAUUUCCCUCUGUUUUAAUGGAGCGACUGUAGAUUUCCACUUCUAUAUUUCUCAGUCUCAGAAGACCUUAAGGUGCCAAACUCCUGAUGAGACUAAAAGCUUCAGAAGCAAUUAGUAAAAAGAAACCUGUUAAAUGAGAUUUGUACGGAGGCCCUGAGAGGCAAAUUAAAAUAAAUUCUGGUGACUCGUUUUUCAUUUUGUUUCAUUUCACUUUUUUCUUCUCCUGAGUUUCUUUAAUGUUUGGAUAAUUCAUCUUUGAGUUACUUAUUUUUUAUUUGUAGAAAAACAACAAAAGUAGGUUUGGGCAGGUGGACUGUAUUACAUUGUGUAUGUUUUUAUUUUAAAUAUGGAGACGAUUCAAAAUAAAUGUAGUUUUAAAUAACAUUUUAAAUUUUGAUUUAUUUUUACCAAUUGAAAAAAUAAAUAAUAAAACAAUAUUUUAGGACUUUUAGAAAAUAAGUGGGAAAGGAAAACAUUUUUUCAUCCGAGUUUUUUUCUGUUUCCAUAAAAAUAGAUUUAUUGCUGUUAAAAUUCAGGCUAUUUUUUUAAUAGUAUUUACUUUAAAAUAAUAACAUUUGUUCCAGACAAUAAAAUGCAAUGAAAAAUAAAUGAUAUUAAUAUAAUAAAUGGGGGGAACUUCAUUAAAUACACCUGACAAAGGAAUGCUUUCACCUGUCUGACAGAUAAAUAACGAACAUUAAGAACAUUCAUAAAGAUCUUGGCUUUACCUUUGCCACCUGUUCAGUACAAACACAGGAGAGAAAACGAUUACAAAAUAUGAAAUGCGUCACCAGAUUUUACUUCUAUCUCACAGAGCUUCCGUAAUUGUUAUUUUCCAACUGAUUGAUAUGAUAUGAAAAAGUGAUCAGCUUUAUCCUCCAACCAAACUCGUGUCUUGACUCUGCGUCUGUUUUUCUCAUGUAAGAACUCGUUACCAAAGCUUUCCAGAACCCCCCCCCCAAACUGUAACCUGUGUUUCUGUGACUGCUUGUGGAAGAGACUCUGAAUAAAAUGUAAAUAUUUGGACACAAUA